GUUCUACCCAUUCAAUUAGCCCUGAUUAAGUUACAGGAUGCUAGCUAGGAGCUGUCGCAUCUUGUGCAGUGAUAGGAUCCAACCAUGCAUUAAUUCGUCCACUGGAUACUGCAGUGACAGUGCAGAGACUGACUGGAAGUGCAGCGGCAUGUAAGGGAAAGAAGAGGCUUCCAAGCGUGGUUGUCGUCGUUGGAGUGAUGACGCCAACAUCAUCUUGCUUCCGGAUGCUGGGAAAGUCUCUCAUCACACCAGUGACGUCUGUGCCUGGCAGUAGUCGUGGGCACAGUUGGUCUCGAAGUUUGAGUUUUUGUUUGGGGUCCGCAACGUAGGAAGAGAGAGAUGAUAGCAAAGGUAUUGUGAGUUGGUAUGAUUGACCCUUGUGCUCACAAUCAGUGACAAUGACUGCGUCUCGUCAUCGAUCAUGAUGUAACGGAAGCUUUUGCAGAGGAGGAUCCUUUUGAACCGAUAGCCACAUACUCUAGACAGAACCCUCCAAGUUUUCCACCCGGAAGUCCGCAUUAAGUCCACAAAAUGGCAGAGAUUAAGCUCCGCAUGCCCGCAUCUCUCUCGGCAGAAGAAUAUCCAACGGUGACACUGGGCAACAAAGUUACGCAGGACCCCAGCAGGAAUGGUGACGAGCCUCUCGUGGUUGUCCAAGGAACCACACCUGCGAGUCCUUACAAUGUUGCCGUCUCAUUGCACUGGCCAAGUGUUACGCUGCAAAAGAAGCUAGUGGCGGAGGUGAUUAGUACCUUCAUUCUCGUAUUCACCGGAUGCGGGGCAGUUAUGGUGAAUGCCAUCAGCAAUGGGAAAGUGACCCCCGUGGGGAUUUCUCUGGUUUUCGGACUCGUUAUCACGAUCAUGAUCUAUGCUGUAGGCCAUAUUUCUGGUGCUCACAUGAAUCCGGCAGUGACGCUGGCCUUCGCCAUCGCCAAACACUUCCCAUGGACCCAGGUUCCGAUGUAUAUAGUUGCACAGUGUGGGGGUUCCGUUUUUGCGUCGUUCCUACUACGUUGGAUUCUCCAUCCUGCGGCUUCCGAAGGGGCCACUAUACCUGCUGGCAGUGACAUUCAAUCGUUCCUGCUAGAGAUUGUCAUCACAUUCAUUUUGAUGUUCGUCGUUGCUGCUGUCGCAACCGACACAAGAGCUCGAGGAGAAUUGGCUGGGAUUGCCGUAGGCUCUUGUGUCGCUCUAAAUGCGCUUAUGGCUGGGCCUAUAUCUGGUGCGUCGAUGAAUCCAGCACGGUCACUGGGUCCAGCUGUUGCUUCGGGUAACUAUCGAAGUAUCUGGGUAUACAUUGCAGGUCCAAUAAUCGGCGCACUUGUAGGAAUUUUGGCUUACAAUUGCAUACGACUGCCAGAUACAGAAGCUCAAUGCGACAAACCAGCAAAGAAUUCCAUUUGAUGCUUCAGGAGAUGGUGAUAUUCAAAGGUGUGAUUUAGACUCAAAUCGUAGUUGUGAAAACAACUUGUAAAAGCUUUUAGGAUGUAGGCAUGCUUGGAAGCUAAACAUGGCAGCUAGCAUGCCCUAAUUUUUCCCAAAAUACAGUAGUUAUGACUCCUUCAUAAAGCCGAAGGAAUAAAAUCCGGUUAUACAAAAUCUAAUUCUAAUUCUGAAUAUACAAAUUCCAUCA